AUGGCACAAGAUUUCUCAUUUCUAUCCACUCCAAAUUCAACCUUGCUUUUCAUCUUCACAAUUUUCUUACUAUUCAUAAUCAGAUACAAAGUCAGACCCAAAAAGCCUUUAAAUCUUCCUCCAGGCAGCUAUGGAUGGCCAUUUCUUGGCGAAACAAUGGAAUACUUACGCACUGCUAUGGGGGGACGGCCACAGAAAUUUGUCAAACACAGAAUAGAAAAGUACAAUUCUCAUGUCUUCAAGACUUCAAUAGUUGGGGAGCCUAUGGCUAUGUUGUGCGGGAUUGCAGGAAAUAAGUACUUGUUCACUAAUUCAAAUAAGCUGGUCACCACUUGGUGGCCUAGCUCUGUCAGUAAGUUACUCGGACCAUGCAUAUCAACUAUCAGUGGGGAUGAAGCUAUGCAGAUGAGAAAGAUGGUUUCGUAUUUUUUCAGUCCGGAUGCUUUCGUAAAGCUUUAUGUUAAAACUAUGGAUUUGGUAACUCAGCAGCAUAUCAAAACUCACUGGCAAGGUAAAGAGGAGGUGAAAGUUUAUCCCAAUUUAAGAUUAUACACUUUUGAACUGGCGUGUCGUCUAUUUAUGAGCAUUGAAGACCAAAAUGAGAUCGAAAAGCUAGCUACCUUAUUUGAUAUUUUCGUAAGGGGAGUAAUCUCAGUGCCCAUCAAUUUCCCAGGAACUAAAUUCUAUAAGGCUAAGAAAGCAACAAUUGCUAUUAAGAAGGAACUUCAAAUGUUGCUAAGACAGAGAAGAUUGGCCUUGGAACAGAAGACUGCUGUACCAUCACAAGAUCUUUUGUCACAUUUACUUUCCAGUCCGGAUGAAAAUGGAAAGUUUAUGUCCGAAUCAGUCAUCGUAAAUAAUAUAGUACUGUUAUUGUUUGCUGGUUACGACACUACUAGCGCUGCACUUACUAUCCUGAUGAAGUAUCUUGCAGAACUUCCUGAAAUUUAUGAAAAGGUGUUGAAAGAGCAAAUUGAAAUUUCAUCAUCGAAAGAAGAAGGGGAAUUUCUGAAUUGGGAUGAUAUACAGAAGAUGAGGUAUUCGUGGAAUGUAGCGUGUGAAGCUAUUAGACUAUAUCCACCGGUAAUGGGUGGUUUUAGAGAAGCAAAGGCGGAUUUGAAGUUUGAAGGAUAUGACAUUCCCAAGGGAUGGAAGUUCUACUGGAAUGCGCCUUUGACACAUACAGAUCCUAGUUUCUUUCCAGACGACCAAAAAUUUGAUCCGUCUCGAUUUGAAGGAGCAGGACCUGUUCCAUAUUCUUAUGUUCCAUUUGGAGGGGGACCUCGGAUGUGCUUGGGGAAAGAGUUUGCUCGACUUGAGAUACUUAUAUUUCUACACAAUAUUGUCAAGAGAUUUAGGUGGAAUUUACUUAUUGCUGAUGAGAAAAUAGUGUAUGAAAUGACUCCAACCCCAGAGAAAGGACUUCCAGUUUGUCUUCAUCCUGGUAAGGCCUAA